GCUAGUAGUAAGAUUGUCUGUCUGCGUGCACGACGCUGUGCAAUAUUGUGAUCUGAAGUCAACCCUGGCGCCUGCGGCUAAUUUGAGAGGCCUUGAGGAAAUUAGGUGCGGCGGACAAAUGAAGUUUAUCGAACCAUUGGUUCCCGGGACUGAACUAGGAAUAGCAGGCCAGCCAACCGUGGAGAGAAUUGGCGACGGCUACAGCCAGCGACAUGUUUCCUUUGGGCGUGGCACAUCUUGAAGCGGCUUCCCAUCUUCCAUGGCCGGCACAUCUCACAGUGCCCAUCCCCUCUCCCACACACACACAGCCGUACACAGAGCCGCUGAUUGGAGAAUGAUCCAACACAGGCCCGCAUCUCUCAGCUUGGCCCAAGCUGACGUUCCUACAAAGGCUAGGCGGAGAAUCCCAACGGCGUGGAAGCAGGCCCUUCGGCCCAUUGAGUCCAGAACGACCCUCUGAAGAACAUCUCAUCCAGAAACCCCCUCCCCCGAGCAAACUCCGCACAGUCACCCAAGGCUGGGAUUGAACCUGGGUGCCUAGCACUGAGAGGCAGUUUAGCUAACCAUGAGCUACCCAGAUGUGGAGCCAAACAAAUCCAAAUCAAUGAAGCCUUGAUCAACACAUGAUAAUAUAUUCUGCCAUCGGGAGAUGUCUUCACACUAGCUCCGAGUUGUCCAGACUCCUCUUCCUGGCUUGUUCCAUUGCUAUUACUAGAAUAAAUGGCGUUUCUAUUUUGUUUUCUUAAAAUGAUGUUUCUCACGCAUUUAGACCAAGUUAGCACAAUUUUGAUGCAGCUAUGUGAAAACAAUCUAGAUUUUUCAUCGCCCAGCCUGUGAGAUGUUUGCUGUGGGUUACUAGCACAGAUUAGGCAGUAAAUCGCUGAGCUUCAAGUGUUGUAGAUUUUCCUCACGUUCUGUACGGAUAAUUCCGGUUUAAUCUCAGAAUACUGCGGGCAGUAAGAAGCGGCCAUUUUCUCUCCAGGGAGCGUUAAGAAUUGACAACCAUAAAGAGUACGGUUGCCAUGAAAACUGCUCACACAUAGUUACACCGGAGGCACUCGAUCGCCCUUUGUUAGAUGGAUAAGAUCCUGAGGGAAUAACUUUAGAUGCGUCGCUUCGUGUUUGUGUGUGUGUGUGGGGGGUUUCUCUUUUGUCUAAUUCUGAGAAUUGCAGGUUUAUUAAGAUUGCAGCCAGGAGACGUUGUUAUUAAAGUUCCUACUUUUAAUGAAAAGAUGUCACCUAUGGAACUGCAAUCAUUUCAUUGAUAAGAUUGAAGAGCCUUCAGACAGCCCAGCGGUGCCGAAAGGACAGCAAAUGCUUGACUUUUCCAGAUCAACUCAUAUUCAGUGAUCGGAACAAAGCUGUGUGUGUGUGGAAGUGGUGGCAGUUGAUACUACCUUACGUGUGGAGUGGAAGGAAGUGAAGUCAGCGGCAGCUCUCUUGCCAUUGGGAAACACUACGACCUCUCUAGUACGAAGGCUAGCACACCAGACAUCAAUAGAGAGCCCGGAAACUGCUGAGGUAAAUGUUGAAGACACUAUUGAAAUGUUACCGAAAUCAAGACGCGCACUUACAAUCCAGGAGAUUGCUGCACUUGCAAGAUCAUCUUUGCAUGGUUUCUCCCAAGUCGUAAAAGACCAUGUAACUAAACCUACUGCCAUGGCUCAGGGUCGAGUUGCUCACCUCAUAGAAUGGAAGGGCUGGUGUAAGCCCAUGGAAUCUCCAAUGACUCUGGAGAUUGAUUUCAAUUCCUACUCAGACUUAAGUGAAGGUGAACAGGAAGCAAGAUUUGCAGCAGGUGUGGCAGAACAAUUUGAGAUUGCAGAGGCUAAGCUCAAAGCGUGGUCAUCUGUCGACGGCGAUGAUUCAAAUGAUGACUCAUAUGAUGAAGAUUUUGUACCAACUAGUGACAGCACCCUGCCAGCUGAUGCAGCUGGACAGUACCCACAAGUGAAUUACUCGAGAGAUAUGCUGCAUGGCCAUUUGUGCAAACUCACAGUGAGACAGGCAUCAUGUGAGCAGGAAAGUGAUUCCUCCCAAACUGUCUCCCCAGAGACCCUUUGUUCAAGUCUGUGCAGUCUGGAAGAUCACCCUUUGCUUAAAAUGGAGCUGGGGUCCCCCACCGAAUUAGCCACAAAACUGUUUGGUCAGAUCAGUGCAAAGACUGGUCAUAGGGACAUGAUCUCUCAGCUGCAACCAAACAGCAACACUGAAUGUGCCUUUAGGAACCUUAUCUGUGAGGACUCCUCUUAUUCUGUGUCUUAUGCUGAAUCUUGUUUUACUCCGGAGGAAGAUGACUUGUCAUGUCAAGAUUACAAAACCAUCUGUAAGAAGGAGGACGGCGAGUAUGAGGGACGUAGAAAAGUAUCAGACGUUGCUUCCUCAGGUGUAGUAUCUCUGGAUGAGGAUGAUGCAGAAGAUCAAUGAAUUCUUUGUGACCCUGGCAUGUGUUUCUCCCUUUGAUACUGGUCUUGAGGCGUCCAAACAAUCGGUCUGUAUUUUGUAAAAGACUGUAAAAAUAACCUUUGCACAAAUAAUUGCCUGAGGUUUGAUGCAAAGGUUCAAGCACUUCACAGGUUUGCAUGCUAUGAAGUGCCGAAAGGAACUGUUUGCUGAAAUGUUCUUAGCACGGUAUGUAGCUCAAGCUUUGAGAAUCUUUCAUACUGAUCUUUAAAUUACUUGCUCUGUUAUUUUUCAUGCUGGAAAGCAUUCUCCAGUCACAAUGGCAUGGCUAUGUCUUGUGCUAAAAUGGCCAAAUUAUAAUCUUCGUACAAGAUUAAGCAGCUGCUGGAAUGUUCUUAAAAACAGACGACAUGUCUUUUUAAAAAUAUUUCACAUAAGAGGUAUUUGCUUUUAACCUUCUAGUUUUAUACCAUUCAACAUAUUAUAGUCAGAUGAUAAAUUAAUUUUCAAUGGUCUAAUGAAAAACAUGCAAUGUCUAAAUCUUUUAAAUUCCCACAGUUGAAUCCUCUAAUUUUGGAUAAAAUAGUUUCCACUGAUGCAGUAAAGGAAAGUGCAUUAUGGUUCAAAUUUUAUAUUUUUGUAUUUGUGUCUGCAUCUUGUGAGGUAUUGCUGUAAAUUGGAUUGCACGGGGCUUCAGUGCUGUUGCUGUAGGAUAUUUCUUUGUUAUCACUGUGUGAUAUAGUCUAUAAACAAAGAAUACUGUGGUAUUUCUGACUUUCAUUGUCAUAUUGUUUAAAUUGCAAGUGUUUUAACAUAUAAUCAAGAAUAAUACAGCCAAUAUCCCACUCAAAUAAAAAUCACAUGUGAGUGCCUGAAAUACUGUUUGAUGUGGCACGUUCAAAACAUAAAUCUCUUUUAAAAAAAAAGUGAAUCCUGUAUGGAAGUGCGUGAAUUUGAUGAUUAUAUUGGCCAAUUUAAUAAUGAUACAUGGAUGCAAUCUUUUUUUUCUUUUCAAUUCUAUUCAGAAAGAUAGACUGUUAAGGUACCCAGGGCUGCCAUUACUUUCUGGCUAGGUGCUUCAGAUCAUGCACUCACAUGUGAGGAAGUUAUUAAUUGAUAAAGGUUCAUCGCCAAUGGCUUUCUUUUUUGUGUUGCUGUUUUCCUGGCAUGAUAAUGGUCUGGCAGUGCAAAAAACAGUUUCCAUGCAAUGUUUUAUUGGCUGUAGCUGUUUUUCUGAAAAAUUAUGAGCAAUUCAUUUGCUUCAGAUUGCCCAUAACUAUGACUUUGUUACAUCUCAUAAGCAACAGUUAUGUUUGACUGGGUCUGGCUUUUCAUUUGUAGUUAGAUGCUGGAUAUGAUUUAUAAAUGUUCUUUAUUUUCCCAAGAAACAUCACCUACCUUGAAUGCCUACUGAAAUGUUUUUGGGCUUGAUGUAGCCCUGACUGUACAGCAUUAAUAUUCAGUGCUCACACCCCUCCUCCGGAAACCUCCCCAGAAUACUGACGUGGCCUGAUUGCUUAUGCUUUAACAGCAUCUCAGGAGAGUUAAGAGAGUGUUUUUUUUCCCCCAGUAAAACAAAGACAACCCGAGUAACAAUUG